AUGGCUGGGCUGCGAGUCAUGGUGUUCGAGAAUGAGACCAAAACCGAGACGUCCACGUGUCGUCCGAUAUAUCGACAAGUGGCCGUUGAUGGAGUGCAGAAAAAUGCUCAGGGUUGUACGCCUCUUGUGCUAGCUAGUCCUAGACAAGCCUCCAUGUGCAUUCAGCUUAACUGCAAGGACGCGAUAGGGUCCUCCAACCCCUGCGCUAGUUUCCCCUCCAAGUUACACUACCUCGGGUGUCUCGUGAGACCCACCGCAACAGUCCGAACCCGAGGUGUCGGGGCCGGACCCCUCACCCUCACUUGUCACUUGCAAUUCUGUCAUCAACGUCUUGAGUUCCUUAUUGACCCAGUUAUCAACUCGCCGACCAUGACUGACACCGACGUCAAGUCACACCCUGAUUACAAGCAUUUCGCAUCCAUCCCAUGGUGUGCCAGACUCCUCAGUCAAUCCGAUACUUCGUCCCACGUGGUGCAAGUCUCCCAAAACAGAACUGUUCUUCCUACAAGAGAGAACACGUACGUCGGCGGGACUCUCAACACACCAGACACAAUCAAAGCCUGGUUGAUCAUACACCCCAAGCCGCAAGGUCCCGAUUGGAAGGUCGAUGAGUUGUGUUCUCUCAUCACGUUUGACCAUGGCAUGAUUGGGUUUCCCGAGACGGCUCACGGAGGCGUUGUUGCCUUGGUGAUGGAUGAAGUUACGGGCAUUCACAUUGUAGCCCAGAGGCCGGCGGGUACAGAGCCCAACAAAGAUUUCAGAACGGGUUACUUGAACACGUCAUUUCGAAAGCCUGUUCCUGCGCCGGGAACGGUGCUAGUGAGAUCGAGGAUAGCCAGAGUUGAGGGCCGCAAGUAUUUUGUUGCGGCUCAAUUAGAGGAUGAGAACGGCGAAGUGCUUGCAACAGCGGAGGUCUUGUAUAUCUCAAUUAAGAACAAAUUAUGA